UAUUCAUUUUAAUAUGUAAAUGAAAUAGAUGAAGGAACAUUUAUUUUUGCCCCCUCAAUGAAUAAAUACCCUUGCAGAAAUGUAGCUUGGCAAUGUUUUUAGCAAAUAUAACUCUGUUGCACAGCGCUAUUUCGCUCAGUGUACGCGACAACAGCAGGCAGCAAGGUAAAAGGAGUGGCUGGCAGGCGGGCAGACAGGGAGACAGGCGACGACAACAACAACAGAGAGAGAGAGAGAGAGCAGAUGGAUAUGCCCAAGUAGCCCAGCGAGAGGCGCUGCCUGUGCGAGCGACGUUGACGGCGACGUCGACGCCGAAGCCGAGGUUGAGGCAGCGACCGAGUCGGCGGCAGGCAACACUCGUGAGAGUUGCUGCCGCAUUCGAAAAUUGUGCGUGCAGCGCGAAGGACGUGCAACGGCGGAACGGUUGUUGUGCAUGUUUUUUUAGUGCCCGAUUCGAUUGUUGUUGUUGCCACCCCGUGGCAAGCAGGCAGAGCGCACCGUGUGACGUCAGUAGCAAGAAAACGCGACACCUUUCCGCGAAAACCAAAGUGACGAAACACACAGACAGCAAAAGAUAAUAGAAGAAAAUAUCACAUAUAUAUAUUGAGUAGUAUUAUGUCUGCGAAUAAUCAAGCGGAGCCAGCGGCCGCGAUGGCAGCGGCGGCUUCUUCGUCGGCGGCAUCCGCUGCCUCCGCCUCGGAGUACCUGAAGCGCACCUGCCUCAUCUGCGGCUGUCAAACGAAUCAGACCAUCAACAUCUAUGAGCCGCGCUCCGGACCAAAUAUCGUGCAAUUAAUUCAGGCCAAAUUCAAAUUUCAGCCUCUGAAUGAGGAUAAAUUCCUGUGCUUCAGCUGCAACAAUUGGCUAAUCAACUGGCACUCGCUGCAGGCGGUCAACAGCAACGAUGUGGAGAGCCAGAGUCGGAGUCAGAGCCCCUCGCACAUGGGCAACCACAGCAGCGCCGGAGUCGUGCAGCAGCAACAGCAGAAGGGACUGCCGCUGGAGCGGGCCAAGCUGCGGCCGGUGGCGCAGGUGCGUCCGCAGCCGCAGGCGCAGAUGCUCGCCCAGCCACAGGUCCAAUUGCCCGCCGCACAGAUCGCGCCACCGCCCGCCAUCAGCUACAACAAGCGUCGCUUUGGCCGACGCACUGCAGCAGCCAGCAGUGGGCGUGGCAUGCGUGGCAAGAUGCUGCGUCACAGCAGCAGCUGUGCGUGCCGCAAGUGCCGCGACUGCGAGAACUGCAAGUGGCGCACGCUGCAUCGACGCAGCCUGGCUAAGGUGGCGCAGCUGGAGCGCGCGCUGUGCCGGCAGCAGCAGCAGCCGAAGCAGGCGGAGCAGCUACAGCAGGAGCAGAGACUAGUCAGGGCGCCAGCCACGCCCACUGGGCAGCCGAAGUACCAAAGAAUGCCAGCGCCGCGCGUCGAUGGCAAGGUGGUGGCCAUGUUCCGGCGACUGGGCACCACGCUGAGCACCGAGCAGCAGCAGGAGUCGCAGCAGGAGCCGCUGGCCACGGCACGUCCGCCGCUGCGCAUCAUGAGCCCCGCCAAGCAGCGUCCACGCUGGACCCGCGUGCUCGACGAGGAUGAGGUGCUGCUGGAAUUCGAUAGCGGCAUAUUCGAGGUGUUGCCGGCAGCGCCGCUGGCGACCACAGCGCGUCGACGUUUGCGCUAUCAGCUGAGCAGCGAGACGCAGGCAGCGGAAGUGCAGGCAGCAGCGGAAACGGAAGUGCGAAAGGAGCUGGAAAACCGCAAAAUAACCCACCAAACCGAGCUGGAACUUGCAGGGCUGCAAUUGCCACAGGGACUGAGCAUUACGUUGAUCUAAAGGCAAAAGCCUAAAAACAAAAAAGGAGGAAAAAUAAAACAUAAUAAAAGAACAAGAACAAAUGAAUAUUAGUCAAAUUAUAUGCACAAAAAAUUGCGAGCAUUGAAAUAGUCUUAAUUAAUAUUUAAUUUUUAUUGUACCUCGAAUAAAUUUGUAAUUGUUAGUCAAUAUAUUAGCGCAAACGGCAAGACCUAAGAAUGUUAAGUUAAUAUGUGUAUGAACAAAAACUAUAUUUAAUAUAUGUAUAUUAGACCUAAUUGGAAAACAGCAAAUCGAAAAAAAGCCCCUUAAACCCAAACACAACCUUCCAAAAAA